ACGAGUUAUUAGGAAAUGAUCAAUUAGCCGCUCGGCACUCGAUCAGCGUCGUUGGUUCUUGAGCGGCAUUCGAGAUCGGCGGUCAAAUGGAAGCGCAACACCAAUUCGCAAGAACGGAGACCAGCUGUCGCCUCGGCUGGGUACUAAUCGCAGUUGUGUUUUCCCUUUAUUUGGGUUGUACGGAGGGUGGUGUGGGCUUCGAUUGGCCCACUGCCGAACCCGACCUGGGAAUAGACGAGUGUCAUGACGAGUUCACCGUGGCCUGUGCCAACGCCUCACUGGCCUAUGCCAAUUCCUUGGACUUGUGCGAACUGAAUGCCAAUGAGACCAUCAUAAAUCUGGAGGUGGAUGUGGAGCUGGAGCGACUGCAAAUCGAGUUGGGCUCGAGUGCGGUGUGCGGAAAUAUGCGGAUCUGUGACACCUUGGUUGACGAUCUGGACUAUUUCAAGUGCAUCAACGAGAACGGAACUCGCAAUCUGGACAUCCUGACGGAGAUAAGUUAUAAUGCCACGAGUGCUUAUACACGACUGCAUGAGGAUUACGAUGCAGUCCAAAGGACUUUCCUGCUUUGCAGCCUGGAAGUCCAGAAAAACUACAUGGAGGAUCUAAGGCAGGCGCACAGGGAACUCACUCAGUGUCGAUCGGAAAUUGAUGAGCUUAACGAGUAAUUAAUUAUCUCUUAUCUGUUACUAUGUAAACAGAAGGCAUAAGGUGAAUAAACACCAUCGUAUAAAAGCAAUUUACUCAUGACAAAUUACUAAGAAUUGCUACUUAUUUCCUGUUAGAUUACUAUUUUUAAGUCGGGUUACUUUUCUAUACCAAAAAAUUACUUUUAAAAUUAUUACAUAUUAUAUAAUAUCAGUAUUGAUUUUUAAACCUUUAUUUGAAUUCUAUAAGUUCUAUCCAGAAUUCACUCUUAAAAUGAUAUUACAAGUUUCACAUCGCAAUACAUUUUUAAUGUUUGUAUAUGCCACAAUAUUUCCUUAUAAAAGCGAAAUAAACAUUAUUCACAUUUAAUCGAAUUUCAA